GACGCAUGCUCCAUUUUCAUCUCAGCUGCGGAAACUGGACUUCAGUCUGCCAAUAAAUCUUAAAUCACAUGUCGCCGGGCUAGUGCUCAUUGAUACAUUGAUUUUGGUUGAAAGGGAACAAUAUAUCAUAGCCAUCGUGAAAAAAAACAUACAGAUUGUGGACACGUCACAGCCUCAUUGGACCCUAGAAAACGUGAAAGCCCAAAAGUAUUGACUGGUCAUGUUUCGCUGAGAUCUACCUCUGUUAUAACUUAGAAGGUGCAACAAUUGGAAAACUUUAUCUUUAACACUUGGAGAUUUUGGACAGUGACUAUGGCCCAUGUCAGAAUAUCGGCAGCUAACAGCAUUAAACAGAAGUACAAUCUGCGCCGCGCCUCGGCGCCCGUGCAGACUCACCACAUGGUCGUAAAGGCUCAAAGAUCACGAAGUUUGAAUGAUAUAGGAGUUCCAGAGGACCAAAAAAGAGAACUAAAGGAAGCAUUUGGGAUGUUCAAGACCAGGAAAGGAAAGAUGUUUGCAAAAGAUCUGGGUCCUCUACUUCGCUGUUUAGGGCUAAACCCGUCCGAAAGAGAUUUAGAGGAAGCCAGGCAUGAACUGGACGUUUGUGCCAAAGGAAAAAUUAGCUACGCUGAUGUCGAGCGUUAUGUGAUUUCUCAUGGCGACGUCUACGCCGAGGAAACAGAGGACAUUCUAGAAGCAUUCCGAGUCUUGGACAAAUGUGGAAGCGGGAAAAUAUCCGUGUCGGACUUCCGAAGGUGCAUGACAACCAUGGGGGACCGCAUGACACCAGAGGAGGUGGAAGAGAUCAUUCAAUAUGCAAAAUCUGAUGGAUUCAUCGAAUAUGAAGAUUUGUUACGAGAACUAAGCGAAUCAACAAAAUAAGAGAAAAGCCUCUGCUUUUGAUUUUUUGACAAUUAUGUCCUACAUGGUGUGCGUGCAUGGUGUGUACAGAAACGCGUACUUUAUGGGCGAAGUCUGUUUUCCGGUAUGGAGGGACCAAAGAAGAAGCAGCUAUAUUGUAUUCGGCACCAUUUCUGUUUGUGUGUCGCAAAUGGACCUUUUGCAGUAUAUAGCAAUUUGUAGCAUUACAUGAUCAAACAUCGACUUUCUUGUUCCUACAUGUUGCCACAUCUGGUCGCUAGAAUGCAUUCUUAUUUAGAAUGAUUGUCUUAAGACUUGAGAGAGUAGUACUAAGGCAUUUCAAACCUUCGGGACAUAGCAAUUAUUUUUCAUGUACAUUUGUACUCAAUGAUCAUUACAUUUUUGUAAAUUAAGUUUAGAUAUUUUUGAUAUACUUCAUGUUUUGUAUAAUGCACAAACAGGUCACAUGUUUAAUGUAUAUGUUAGAAUUGUACAUGUACCAGGUGCAGGUUAUCGUUACAAUGAAUUGGUGAAGGAGAACUGUAUAGUCAUCGAAAUCAUCUUUUAUAUCUGGAUCCACAAGAAAAUGUAGCACUCCUUAAAUUGUGAUAUAGAAUUUCCUUAUUCUGCAGUGGUUACACAAUAUGAUUGCAAUAUUUUUGAGAUUCGGGUAAUGUUCUUGUUCGAUAUUUUCUAGAUGCAGAACUGUGGCUGUAUGGCUUUACUAUUAAGUCUUUGACCAUUAGACAACAAGUACAUGUAUAUGAUGUCAGACUAAAAUAUAAAACCAUAACGCUACAGUCCUGCAGCUAGUUAUUUGCUUGAUAUUUGUCAGAAUUACCAAAUAUUCUAUUUGUUAUCACAAUUACCAAUAUUUCUAUUUUUUGUUAUUUCAUUACUAUUCUAUUUGUUAUCAUAAUUAUCCAGUAUUCUAUAUGUUAUGAUAAUAACCAAAUGUUCUAUUUUCCAGUAUUACAUUUGUUAUAUAACACAAUCCCUUUUUAAAUAAAGUUAGUUUCUUAU